AUGUCGUGGCAAAGUCAAUGGGGAGCUGUCAAGGCCACGAACGCCAGAGCCGCUGCGCUCUACUUUGAAGUGUCGAACGUGGGGAAAACCAUCGAGAGCUCCAAGAAGCGCGUGGUUUGGCGUCUCAAAGUCGAGGAGGGACGUGAGUUCGAGAUCGCUCUCACGCAUUCUCUAGCGUCGGGCAAGAAGGUGCUGCGUGUUGACGGUAUCGUCAAGUACACUUCGCAAUCGCUCUCGUUCGGCGACUGGGACUACGUGUUCAACCUUCCUGGAGGACACUGCGUCCACAUUAUCAUCAAGCCAUCGGUGGACCUCAACGAUAUGUAUGGUGAGUGA